AUGGCCAUGGUACAUCGAGUGCUGGCCAUCACGACCGCCGUGCUGGCCGCGGUGCAGGCGACGUCCGAGUACUCGACCAAGUCGGGCAUCUUGCCGUGGGUGGACCCGGCCACGCCCAGCGACCGGCAGACGUACACGUCGUCGCGCGGCGGCUCGUGGGACCUGGUCAUGAGCGACGAGUUCAACACGGAAGGCCGCAGCUUCGAGCCGGGCGACGACCACCUCUGGACGUCCAUGGAGAAGGCCGACGGCGUCAACUCGGCGCUGGAGAUCUACCAGCACAACAUGACGGGCACCGAGUGCGACGACGACGACACCUGCUACUUCUACAUCGAGGCCGACACGGGCGAGACGACGCUCAAGCUCUGGAACGACUACCUGUCCCCCGCCGGAUACGAGGACGUGACGUUCUACUACAAGGGCGGCAUGGUGCAGAGCUGGAACAAGUUCUGCAUCCAGGGAGGCAUGAUCGAGGUGCGCGCGCAGCUUCCAGGGGCCGUCACCAACGCGUCGGGCAACCCGGACGUCGCCACUGGCUCAGCCAGCGUACGAGCCGCCACCAUCGAUUACUACCCGACGUGGCCCGGAAUCUGGAUGAUGGGGAACCUCGGUAGAGCCAUCUUCUCCGCGUCCACGGCGCGCAUGUGGCCGUUCUCCUACAACGAGUGCAACGAGACCGUGUUUUCCUCGCAGAACCAGCGGAUCAGCGCCUGCGACGACGACCCCGGCUCGGGGAUGAACCCAAACCAAGGCCGUGGAGCGCCCGAGAUCGAUAUCCUAGAAGGCGGCGGCACCGCCAUCUCAUCGUCGGUUCAAGUGGGCCCAGGCAUGCCGGAGCAGUUUCGACUAAUCGCCGACAACACGUCGUACUCGUGUAUCUACACCUACGACUGCACCACUGAAGGAGCCAACAACCCGGACGUGCCCACGGCUUACUACGAGAAGCUUCGCGGAUACAAGACGUGGUACCAGGGACUCCGCUACGGCGCCAACAACUUCUGCGACUCGGACUCGACGCUCGUUCAGACGUACAAGACGAUCGCUGCGUCGCUGGAGAAGGGGAUCACUGAGAACGCUUGUACAAUGGGCUUGUGUCCGGCUUCAUACGACGUCAACGGCGACUUGAGCAGCAUCGACAACGGAACCGACCACUGGGGGAUCAACACCAACGGCACGUGCUUCCCCAAGCAGAACGCAUACACUGGAGCGUUCCUGUCGUACACCGACUGGCUCACGUACCAGCUCGAGUGGGUCAUGGGGGACGAAGGCUACAUCCGCUGGAUGCUCGCGGGCGAGCCGAUCUUCGAGAUCACUGCCGACGUACUGACGAACCCGCCGCAAGACGCGGCACAGAUGAACCCCAAGAAAAUCAUGCUGGAGGAGCCCAUGUACAUUAUCUUCAACGUUGCGCUGUCCAGUACUUGGGGUACAACUCCACCUAACGCUGGCAACGGAGACUGCUAUGGCGACGGCAGUGACGCGACCACGAACGCCAUUUGUGACGCGUUCCCGAUGUACCUGAAGAUCGACUACAUCCGAGUGUACCAGGACAAGUCGGACGACUCGACCAUGGCGGUGGGGUGCGAUCCUUCGUCUCACCCGACGAAGCAGUGGAUCGAGGACAACAUCGACUCGUACGUGGACGACGACAACCCGUGGACUGAGGUGUCGGGCAAGGCGUUCUGUGAGUCCAAUGAGGAUUGCACGAUCGAGACGAAUUCGUCCAUGGCUGUCACGACUGGAACCUGCGUAAGUGGCCGCUGCAAGUGCUCGGCCACGACCUGGACGGGCCCACGCUGCACCGUUGCGUCCACCGCGUCCACCGACAGCAGCAGCAACGGCCUUUUCUCCAGCAACUCGUACGGGCCGCCGAUGUACGUGUCCGGCGUCUUCAUGGCCAUCACCGUGCUCACCACCUUCGUGUCCGUCUACAUCUCCAUCCUGGCCGCACGCAAGACGGACGAAACUCUGCAGAAAGAGAUCAUGGCCAAGCGAGGAGGCGCUGCGAUGUCCCCAGCCUCGCUGGGCGACUCGGUGGCCAAGCCCCCCAAAGACAACUACAGCACCAAUUUUGUAUAG